CCCCAUCCCGCAGCGCCAUGGAGGCGGCGGCGCGAUGGCCCCGCGCUCGGUACCGGGGCCCGUCCGUCCCGCCCUGGAAGGAGGCUUACCGCAAGCGCUGCAUGGAGAGGCUGAGGAGCAGCCGGGCCAAGCUGUUGGACCGGUACCGCCGGGCCGGGGAUGGGGUGUGCGGCCCGGCAGCGCUGCUGGUGCAGGAGGUGAUGGAGCAGGAGUGGCAGACGCUGCAGGACGGGCAGGAGACGCUGCCCUCCCUCAGGACAGGGGAGGCCCUGGCACAGAUGCAAGAGGACCCCGAUGAGUUAGCAGUGCUGGAGGAGAUCCAACAAGAACUGAUCUUGCAAGAGCAGUCACUUAUAGAAGAGUAUGAGAGGAGCCUGCAGUUUGAUGAGGAAUGUCUCAAUGCCAUGCUGGAGGGUUUGGAUGCCAGUGACAAGAUCAUCUGCCCAGUGUGUAGGAAAAACAACCUGACUGUGAGGAACCACGCUGUUCUUUGCCAGUGUGGGUUGUACAUCAGCACCCAGGGCAUGACAGAAGAGAAGCUCAGGGCACUCCUGGAGCAGACAGUGACUGAGCACAGCCAGAGGUGCUCUCACAACCCGGAGUUCACAGUGACCACUGGGAUGGAGGAGGAAACCACUCUGCUCAUGAGCUGCCCGGUCUGUGACUCCUGGACGAUUCUCCUCUAAGCUGACCUGGCUGCUGCUUUUCUACUGGAAGGACUUCCAAGACUAAAAAACCACCCUGAGAGCUGCUAGUUAUUUUUAUGUAUAUAGUUGUAACUUCUGUGCCAAAAGAUACUUGAAAAGGCAGUAGUACUGCCUCACCCUGCACUUUUAAUGACACACUAUAUCUUCUGAAAUAAAUAUACUUAGUUUA